AUGCGAAUCAUAUUUUUCUUCGUUGCAGUUUUCUACCUUUGUACGAUAUCCUAUGCAAAUGUAGGAAUUGAUUUUGGAUCUGAUUACAUCGAAGUUGCAGGCCCUCAUACCGGAAAUAAUGUUGAUAUUGUCCUAAAUGAGCAGUCACAUCGGAAAACUGAUAGCUAUAUUGGGUUUAGAAAUGGUGAUAGAUAUAUUGGUGAUCAGGCAAAGGCUUUAGCUGCUCGUUUCCCACUUAAUAUGGUAACUAUGAUGAAUAAACUGAUAGGAGUUACGUAUAAUUCAACAGAUUUUGAAAAUUUUAAAAAACUUGAAUACGAAUUUGAAACUCGUCAUGAAGAAGAUAAUACAGUUGGAUUUUCUUUUGGAGGACGAGAUGGUAAUUAUACUGUUGAGGAAUUGUAUGCUAUGAUGCUUCAUUACUGUCAAAAUAUUGCACAAAAAGAUGGUGUGAAUGAUCCUAAAAAUUUUGUAGUUACAGUUCCUUUUCAUUCCUCAUUAGGAAAACGACAAAUAAUAUUGGAAGCGGCUCGUAUGGUAGGACUGAACGUCAUGGGAUUAAUGCAUAGUACAACCGCUGCUGCCCUUUACUAUGGUGUUCGUAGACGAGGAUUUGAAAAUAAAACAAUUAAUUUACUUAUUUAUGAUAUUGGAUCUACUCAUACAGAAGUUGGUAUUUACAAAUUCUCUCCUCCAGUUCAAGAGGGUGGGAAAAAAAUAAAAAGUGCUGAUAGUUUUGGUACAUUAACUACAAUGUCUGUUGUAGAUGAUAAUUUUCUGGGCGGUAGAGCAUUCGAUUUGUGCAUUUCAAGAUUAUUAGAAAAAGAAGCGAUGGCUAAAAUGAAAAUAGGUAAAGUAAUUGGUGGAAAAACAGUAGCUGAGAGAAAAUCACAAUUUUCUUUACUUCGUGCCGCAAAAAAAGCUCGAGAAGUGCUUUCAGCAAAUAGUAAAACUCCUGUAACUGUUGAAGGUAUAGUACCAGAUAGAGAUUUUCAUACUGAAAUAACAAGAAAAGAUUUUGAAGAAAAAUGUUCUGAAUUAUUUGAACGUGUACCUAAAGUUGCAGAAGAAGCUUUAAAAAAAUCAGGAUUAGAUCUAAAGGAUAUUGAUGCUUUUGAAAUGAUGGGAGGUACUUCUCGAACUCCAAAAAUAUUAGCUGAUCUUUCUACUUUUUUGGGAAGAGAAGUAGAUAGAACUUUGAAUUCAGAUGAAUCAGCUGCAAUAGGUGCAGCUUAUUAUGCCCUUCGAUUAUCUCCAUUUUACCGUGUUCGAUCUUUUCGUGUAGUGGAACAUAUCCCCUUUAAAUUCUUUUUUACUAUUACACCAUCCUUGAAUAACUCUUCUGUAUCUAAACGCGUACUUGUUGAACAACCUAUCAUAGGUUCACGAAAAAGUAUUACUCUUAAUCGAACAGAUGAUUUUUCUAUUCAGCUUUUUGAUUCUCAAGAUUUUGUGGGUGAGAUUUCUGUAACUGGUGUAAAAGAGGCAUUAAAAUUGUUGCAAGAGAAAAAAUCUGAUUUUGAUCAUCCAAAUAAUACUCAUAUAGUUCGUAUUCAAUUACUACUAAAUGAGUCUGGUCUUUUUGAAGUUGAAGAGGCAGAUGUUAUUAUUCGUUAUGCUGUGAAUGUUUCAGUUAAAGUUAAGGUUAAUACUACAGAUGAACUGCCUAACACUACUGAAGAAGUAAAACAAGUUGUGAAAAUGAAACGUGAGACCAUGUCACUUUCUACAAAGGUUCGUUUUGUAAAUCCUUCAUUAUUAAGUGAAGAGAAUUUUCAAAAAUCAAGAAAAAAAAUUCUUGAUAUACUUGAUAAGGAGCGGAGAAAACAUGAAGCAGCCACCGCAAAAAACAACCUAGAAACAUAUGUGUUUUGGGUAAAACGAGAGGGUGUUUUAGAAAACACAAGUUUCUUAAGCUUGCUAAGUGAAGUCGAAAUUGAUCGACUAAAAGGAAAAUUGUCAGAGAUACAAGAGUGGCUUGAAGAUGGAGAAGGAAGUUAUGAAACUUGUACGAAAGAGGAGUACGAAAAAAAAUUGAAAGAAUUAAAAGACCUUGUGCGCCAGGAAACACAAAACAACACUGAAACACGUAAUCCCCAAGAAUCUGAUGAUGAUGCUGUUAAAGGCGAUUUGUGA